CUUCUCCAUCCCCCGACAUGGGCAGGGCCUGGCCAGGGGUAUAAAUAGGUCAGACUGCAGGGCUUCCCCCACUCUUCCUCUCUCUCCAACUCUCUCUCUUCGGCGCUUCUCUCUUGCCCUGAUCCUGACUGCCGGCAUGGCGUGCCCCCUGGAGAAGGCCCUCGAUGUGAUGGUGUCCACCUUCCACAAGUACUCAGGCAAGGAGGGUGACAAGUUCAAGCUCAACAAGUCUGAGCUGAAGGAGCUGUUGACCCGGGAGCUGCCCAGCUUCUUGGGGAAAAAGACAGAUGAAGCUGCAUUCCAGAAGCUGAUGAGCAACCUAGACAGCAACAAGGACAACGAGGUGGACUUCCAGGAGUACUGCGUCUUCCUGUCCUGCAUCGCCAUGAUGUGCAACGAGUUCUUUGAAGGCUGCCCCGAUAAGCAACCCCGGAAGAAAUGAAGUCUCCUCAGAUGUGCGGGGUGGGGCCUGCCAGCUGGGGUCUUCCCUGUUGGCGGUGGGCACAGCGCCUCACACUGGCUCCUCCAGAUGUGAGCACGAUACUAAACAAGUUCAAUAAAGAUUCUUGAAAGCUA